AUGCCCCUAGCAUUCAAGAUAUCCAAGACCCUCGGCUGGACAAUCGCUCAGAAUCUCAAUGCACAUUCGAUGGGCGUAUAUGAAAUUUCAAUGCAGAACAACGAGGCAGAUGACAAGAUCCACAUUUUUUCUCGAGGUGCAUACACCACCCGUGCGCUCGCUGGCGUAAUCAACGAAGUCGACCUGCUCCCGACAUGCAACCACCAGCAGAUGCCAUACGAGAACAAGGUGUACACGUGCACGACACCACUUGGCUAG